CACCCACUCUAUUCACUCUAUUCGCUCCAUUUACCUCCAUUACGACAACCAAGAAGUACUCGGUACAUCUACUCCCCAGUCGGAGAGCGGGGAAAUCACCCACAACCACCCACCACCACCCACCAAUCCACCACUAUCCACCGCUAUCCACCCGCAUUUCCCCCCCUUGUUCGCUGCUUGUACACGAUACAAACCACACCUGGCUUGCACAAACACAAGUACAGGUACAUGUACCACACAUCUCAUCUGUGGUCUGGGGAAAUCGCAUCUGGGGAAAUCUUACCUCGUACCUCUUCCUGCCGACCAACCUUACUUUCCUCUACCACUCUACAUACUAACGAACAUCUAUUCACCUGUCAUCCUUUGCGCAAAAGAAGCCAGGCAGGGCCAGGCGACAUCAACAUCACCCCUAUCACCUCCAAACCCCCCCAAAAACGAAGCAUCACACAAACCAUCAUUCUCAUACUCCCGAAACUGGCUGCGACACACCACCACCACCCACCACCCACCACCCACCGCCAUGAUGCCGCUCCCAGGCGUCGAUACCGCCAGCCAGAGCCACGCAUCCGACGUCGACCCCGACGCCAGCAGCAGGCAGAAGGCAAAGACCCUACCCUGCCGAUACUGCCAGAAGCGCUUUCGCCGGCUUGAGCACGUCCAGCGCCACGAGCGCACUCACACAAAAGAGAAGCCCUUCCAAUGCCUCUGCGGCAAGACUUUUGGGCGACGGGAUCUGUUGGUUAGACAUGAGAAACUGGUACACUUGAAUGAGAAUAAGCACGAUGCGAAUAGGCACCAUGUAGCCACUGCCGCGGCGCGCGCAAACGCUGUCAAGGCACAGAGCAGACCGCAGGUCACAGCCGCCAUCCCGAACCUCAUCGAUCCGGAUCUGCUUGUGCAGCAGCCCAGCUAUCCGCCCAUACAGGACCUACGUGCGCGACCGCAGGAGGUUCCCAUACAGCAGCAGCAGCAACAGCAGCCGCAGCAGCCCCAACGACUACCCUGUUCGCUCGACCUCCUCUCCGACGCAGCAACCCACAUCGCCUCAUCAAACAACCACACCAACCAGCUCCCCCCCAUCCACUCCCUCCAUACCGACAGCAGCGCCGAGCCCGAGAGCAAGCGCGCGCGCACGACCAGCUUCAACAGCCGAGCCGGACCCGAGGACAGCACACGGAGGGGCUCAUAUCAUCACCACCACGCCACGCUGAGCGAGGCACCGCAACCGCAGCCGCUGCUGGGGGAUUAUAACAUCUUCCUCGACGAUUUCGGGAUCAGCUCGCAUGUUUUCCCGCCGAUCGAUGCGGAGGGGCCCGGGGGGAUGACGUGGUCCCGUCCGAUGGCACAUGAGGGGUACGCAGACCCGUCACGGCAGAGCUACGAUUCUCGCGUUGGUGGACCACCCGAGCAGGGCCAGCAUAACCGCUUCGACUCGCGCUUUUCCUCCAUCGCAUCAGAGUACCAGUCACCCCCGCAGCACCCACGCACAGGCGAAGACAUCCGCGCCGCAGCCGCCGCGGCCGCCGCUCCACCCUGGAAAGUAAGCAGCCAGGAGCACCGCCACAUGCAAGCCAAGGUCGACGAGUUCGCGUCUGUGCUACCGAGUGGUUUCGAGUUCCCAUCACGCUACACGCUAUCCCGCUUCCUCGAGGGGUACUUCAACGGGUUCCACGAACACGUGCCGUUCCUUCACGUGCCGACGCUUUCGGUGGCUGCGCUGGCGCCGGAGCUGCUGCUAACGCUCGUGGCGAUCGGGGCGCAGUAUCGGUUUGAGGCUCAUCGAGGGAAUGGGCUGUGGUAUGCGGCGAGGGCGGUGGCGAUUGAGCAGGCGACGAGGAGGAAUAGUGCGUUGGUGGCGGAGAUUGUGUCGCCGCCGCUGACGUGUGGGAGUGAGAGUGCCGGGUUGAGCCCGCCGCCUACGGGGAGGAGUUUGGGAGAGGGGGGAGGGGCGAUGAAUGGGGUUGUGAAUGGGAAUGGGCAUGGGAUGGAGAGGGUUUCGAGUGAGACGCAUGAUGGGGAGAAUUUCUCCAACUCCCACACCGCCCGCCUCGAAACAAUCCAAGCCCUCUUCCUCCUUGUCGCAGUCGGCACCUGGGCCCCCCGCAUCCUCCUCCGCGAAUCCCUCACCCUCCGCAGCUGGCUCGCGCAACUCGUCCAAGAAUCCGGCCUCACCAACCCGUCCACCUCCCAUCCCUCCCUGAGCUGGGAAGAAUGGGCACGCAUCGAAAGCGAGAAACGUACCAAGUUCCUCGUCUACUGCUUCUUUAACCUCCACUGUAUCGCCUACGACAUGCCCUCCCCCCUCGCCUCAACUUCCAUCCACAUGUCCCUCCCCCAAACCGCGCGCGAGUGGAAAGCCCCCAGCGCCCGCGAAUGGGCAGAUAUCCGCCAAUCCUCCCCCCCUUCCGAAAUCCCCUUCCUCACCGCCCUAGCGCGGCUCUUCGACCCGCCCUCCUCCCCCGCCGCCGACCUUCCGCCACCGCUUCCCCCGACCUCAGCGCUGGGGAAUUACAUCCUCAUCACCGCGCUGAUCCAGCAGAUCUUCCUCCUCCGCCAAACAACAGCAAUCUCACACCCUCAUCUCCCCCCCAACUCCCUCCCCGCCAGCCACCUCGCUAGCCUCAGCCACGCGCUGAAGAACUGGCAAGCCUCCUGGGAACGCACUCCCGAAUCCUCGCUCGACCCUACAACGCCCGCCGGCCCAAUAGCAUUCAAUUCCACCGCCCUGCUACGACUAGCUUACAUCAGACUCCAUAGCGAUUUACCACCCAACCCCUAUCUAGCGUUACGGGACCCGGUGAUGAUCGCGAAGGCGUGGGCGGAGGGGGGAAGGGUGGGGAGAGGCGAGGGCGUGGCGAGGGCCGUGCAGCAGGCGGUGUUGGCGCUGGGGGUGCCGAUUAGGAUUGGGAUUGCGUUUGUGGCGCGGACGCAGACGUUUGGGUGGAGUAUUCAGCAUAGUCUUUGUAAUGUUGAGUGUGCGGUUUUGCUUUGCAAAUGGCUCGAAACCAUCUCCCUAACCCCACACUCCCUCACAACAGACGAACGCAACAUCCUCGCCAUGGUCCGCAACAUGCUCGAGGAAACCGAAUACGCCGCUCCCCCCGCUACCUCCCACCCCUCCUCGACCUCUCACCCCUCCACCUCAUCCUCCUCCACCACCGGAAUGGACUCGUCACCCGAAGCAGAAGGCCAGCGCAUCAGAGCCCUCGGAGCGGCGGUCGUGAGACUCUGGGCGGAGACGUUUAGGGGGACGCAGAUCUUUGAUAUUGUGCGUGCUAUGGGGAGGGCGUUGGAGGUUUAUGGGGAGGGUGUUGAGAGGGGGUUUGGUGGGGGUGGGGGGUGA